UUGUUGAAUGAAAAAUCUGUCUGCUGCAGAUUUGAAAAGCUGGACAUCACCCCGAAGAGUGCUCAGAAGUUGAAGCCAGUGUUGGAGAAGUGGCUUGCCGAGGCCGAGCACUGGAACCAGAAGGGCCAGCAGAACCUGAUGGAAUUUGUCGGCGGCGAGCCGUCGAAGAAACGCAAGCGGCGCACCAGUUUUACGCCUCAAGCAAUCGAAGUCCUCAACUCCUACUUCGAGAAGAACUCACUGCCGACAGGCCAGGAGAUCACGGAAAUCGCAAAGGAGCUGAAUUACGACCGAGAGGUGGUGCGGGUUUGGUUCUGCAACCGGCGACAGACGCUGAAAAACACGAGCAAGAUUAACAUUUUCCAGGUCCAGUAGAAAAUGGAAUCUUGCAAAUUUGGCUGUAAAUAUAAGAACAUGAAGUUACAUAUAAUCUAAGGCUCAGUGCAAAUAGAGUACUAAAGCGAGUCUUUGGGUUCUAAGGCUGAGUGUAUGUGUGCAUGGUCCUCCUAUUCAUGAUAACACACAGGUAAGUCACAUAAAUGUGUUUAGUGGCAUUAUUGUUCAUAUUUGAGUACAGUGGAACCUCAGACGUGGAAGAUAGCAAUGUUCUUUUUAGGAAAACCACCUGCAAGAGUUGCACAAAGUAUCAGUCGGAAUGCGAGAUGACUGCGAAGAACCCUGGGGUCAGCUUGU